AUCAUUGUCCUCUCAGGACACAAGCUUCAGUAUAUCCUCCGGAGCGUAAUUCCAAUCCUGCACAAUGCCUAUACCUCUUCAGCUGUUUCAUGGCCAAGCUUGCUUCAGUCCUUCCAUUGCCCAGUCUACUGUCAAAGCCUGGGUGAUGCACGGAGGAACGCUUGCACAAACAAAACAGGAGAAGUCACAGGCAGAUUAUUAUUUCUGUGCGGACAGUGCAGAUCCUUGGCUCCCCAGCCUGCUCCAAAACCCAAUAGUAGUUUUCCAUGCCGCUUGGAUUACUCGAUCCGUCGAAGCAAAGGUCUUGCUUCCCUGCGCAUAUUUUGUCCUUGAUCAGCCGACUCCGUUAGCCAAAUCUAUGUCCGCCGCUAUCCCAGUCAACUCAAGGCCCGAAGUUACUCCUCGACGUGGUACCGUCAGAAAGCGACAGGAAGUUGACCAUGACACUCCAGACAGUGACCGAAGACCUCGCAAGAAAACCCGCCGAGCCGAACUGAAGAUCCAGUCCCCAUCUUCGCCUCUAUCCGGAAAGGACCUAUCUGUCCGCUUCUCAUCCCCACCUGCAGCCAAAGAGCGAGACUUGAAAUACGUAAAGAUGAUUCAGAUGGUGAAGCCUUUGGAACUGAAGCUCCAAAGUUGCAUCUCGAGAACUCAACCCUCGUCUUGUCCACAAGCUUGGAAGGACCUUCUGGAGAAGACACAAACGAUAUCCCCCAUUCCUCGAGUUUUGGUCUCUGAUGCUCUGCAUGCUUUGCGGGAUGUUUCGACUGGACGAUCUACACUGUUCGAACCAGAAGGCGAGUAUGGUGGAAAGCUCUUCCGUUGCUUCCGUAAAGAACGAACCUGAAGCUAUCUUUCGCUGGAAUCCUUGAUGGACCCUGGAGUUGUACUCUUGGUGUUCUAGCAUCCUCUUCGCCCUCUCGCUUCGCUUUUGGAAUCCUUCUCUGUCUCCGAUUCUUCACUAGUGUGUUCGAUUCCGCUUGUUAGUUGACGUAUUGCUUCUGCGUUUCGUGGUGUGCAGUAGAGACCAUGUAUCGUUUUAUUUUCAUUUGCCCUCGUGGGGAAUAGAACACCUGUGCGUGU